UCCUGAGUGCCAACUACCGCCACCGACUCCGCCCCUCGUUCAAACCUCUAGAGAAAAGAGAAAGCCAACGCCCGCUUUUCGAUCUUACUUUCCUUCUUGUCAAGAUUAGGUCUCACCAAGUUGUAUAUGGCAGCAUUACCGAUUUUGUUUAACUUAAUUUACUCGAAGUCCGGAUAGUCUUAGUUAACCUAUCCACCAACCCAAACGUCAACAGCACUGACCAAAGACCAUAGUUUAGUAAUUGAAAUUAAUCGAUUUUUGACGGAUGUCGAUUUUCUGAAGCCGUGUCUGCCAGGCUACUCAAAGUUUCCGCAAGAAACAAGCUUGUCUAGGCAACCAAGCGUAAAUAUUUGCUGAUUUAGUCCACUUCAAGUUACAUUCAUUAUGGCUGAUACAACGGAAACCGGUAAUGCUGAGAACUGCAUGGAGAAACUUAAGAGUUACGUGAAGACCAGAAAAGGGACCAUUCUUGCUGCAGAAAUACUCAUCAGUUUAAUCAUCAUCAUCUGCUAUGUCGCUUCCACUUAUGGAGGCUACUCAGCAGUGGCCAUCUGUGAGAUGGUCUUUGCCAUCAUCUUCUUUGGCGUUUUCAUGAUGGAAAUGGACAAGCAAUUCCUGGUGGUGCACUGGGUCUGGAGUGAUUUUUUCCGUGCUGCUGUUGGUACACUUCUUUACAUCAUCACUUCCCUGGUCUGUGUAAUUGGUGGAUCAGGUGACGGUGCCCGUAUUGCAGGGGGGGUGUUUGGCUUACUAGCUAGUAUUCUAUUUGGAUACGAUGCCUACACCAUCUACCUGGAGCUCAAGAGCAGCAGGCAGCAUACAGCAGCUUCCACUGAUGACAGAGUGUAGACUUCAGAGAAACUGUACAUGGGAAAAGAAAAUCAACAAAAGAAGAGUGAAAGAAGUGGAGCCAAAUUUGGUGCUCAAAUGAUACAUUCAAUGACGGAUUUAAAACCAGAAAAGUAACAAUUGUUAGGUUUAGAGCACAAAAUUACACACUACUGUUUAGCUUGAAAAGAUCUACAGCAUUUAUAUCUGAUCAUGAUAUUGUCUGUACUUCUAUGUUGAACCCUCUACACGUACUACUGUCUCUUUUUAAUCCGAAGAAAAAAGGGAAAGAGAUGUAAAUAUCAUGCAGCAAAGUGAAAUGCGUUGGCCUGUACAUCAAGCCACUUUUCACCUGACUACCUAAUUUUAAUUGAUCUGUUCUAAUAGACUGCUGUUAAAAGAACAAUGGAUAUGUUGUUGUAUCCUUGCAUGUCCACACAAGGUUUGUUUUGAAAUUGUACAGAUAACAUGCAUUAUUAGAUCUGAGAAUAAUUCAACAACACAAAUAACUUCUCAUCAGUUUAUUUUUACAGUUUUGGUGUGGAUUGCCUCAAAGCAGCAUCUCUUUUGUAGGUGUCAAGCUUUUUUCCCGUUUUAUAGCCCUCUCCGUACUGUCUGUGAUGUAGUCAAAAUGUGCCUUGUUGUCUUGUUGAACAACCAUUAUUUAGUAAAAUCUCUUUUCUACCUAGAUGUCUGCCUGCCGUCCUGAAUUAAAGUAAAUCAACAAAGAACAGAA